UGCUGUAGCUUAAAUGCAUUCCUACACUUGAUGAUAUUGUCUUUAAUUAUCACAUGCCAAGUACUUCUGAAUAUUUAUGUAUAUAUAUAUGUUUGGUCUCUAUAUGGUGUUUUAUAAAUAUAUAUAUAGAUGAUACACUAUAGAAAUAAUAUAUGGAUUUGGUCAUCUCCAAUAGUAAUGAAGCUAAUCCACCGAGCAAGACAACGGUUGAGAAUAAUGGAAGUUUUAAUAGUACCAGUAAGUACUCUCCAUGGACCAAGUUUCUUGCUUGCAUCGGUGCCCAUGAAUUUCGAUCCCCAGAGAUGUGGAGGGCAGCAUUAACAGAAUUAGUAGCCACAGCUUGCCUCAUGUUCAGUCUAACAUGUUCCAUCAUAUCCUGCCUUGACUCAGGUGAGGUCCAUCCAAAGCUUCUAGUCCCGUUCGCAGUAUUCAUGGUAGUAUUUCUUUUCCUAAUGGUGACAGUUCCAUUAUCUGGUGGCCACAUGAGCCCAAUCUUCACAUUUAUAGCAACUCUAAAAGGACUCAUAACUCUUUCUCGGGCCUCAAUCUACGUCUUGGCCCAAUGCAUUGGAUCCAUAAUGGGCUUUCUAGUAAUCAAGAUCGUUAUGAACCAAAACGAAGCAAGAAAUUACUCUCUUGGAGGCUGCAGUGUAAAUGGUCACGGUGGCGCUUCAGGGGUAAGCGCUGACACAGCUUUGGUGUUGGAAUUUGCUUGCACAUUUCUUGUGUUGUUCGUUGGAGUAACUGUUGCAUUUGACAAAAGACGGUGCAAUGAACUUGGGCUUGCAAUGGUUUGUGUCAUCGUGGCUGGGUCCAUGGCUCUUGCUGUUUUUGUGUCCAUUACUGUAACUGGACAGCCCGGCUAUGCGGGUGUGGGCCUAAACCCAGCAAGGUGUUUGGGCCCAGCAUUGUUGUUUGGAGGUGGGUUGUGGGAUAAUCAUUGGGUUUUUUGGGUAGGGCCCUUUAUAGCUUGUUCUUUAUAUUAUGGAUUGUCCGUAAACUUUCCCAAUGAUGGUUUAGUUUGGGUUGAUGGAGAGCGUGAUAUUGUUAAUUUGACAAGGGCUUGGUUUAGUGGUGAGAGUGGUCGUUUUCCUAAUCUUGAAAACCAAAAAUAAUUUCAUAUAUUCUAUUAUAUAGUAUUAUGUUUAAUUAUAUUUUAUAUA